AUGGUCAUCCGAAGAGCAGGUGGCCACAAAGGGAAUCGAGACCUGAAGAAGCGGAUGUCUCGUUCACGGCCUGUAUUCAGGUCUCAAGUAAGAAAUCGGUUACCUACCGAAUCCCCACCUACAACAAAGAAUUACCUGGUUGCGAAGAAGAGAUUACCGGCGAAGACUGAUCAGAUCUCAAUACCUAGAAAUUAUUACAUUCCGCAAAGAAUGGAUAAUGAACUGCCGAGGCUUCAAACAACGGAGCUACACUCAUUAUCCAUCCCUAACGGAGUUCCUCUACAUGCUGGCACAUGGGAUGAAGGAGCGCCUCACUAUGCUACUCAGAAGAGGCCCCAACAGUUUGCUGUGGCCACCUUGGAGUCAGCAAAUCCGCUCAGUACAUUGACGCAGACUCAGUUCGCUUCUUCUGCGCCUAGUACUGCAAUGCUCACAAAAUCUUCUGUCAAUCCGCUAGAUUCUCUGCUCGGCGGCGGUGCCCCGCUUGACCAGAUAUCAAAAAUAGCCAGCAAUAUAUUAAAUUUUGGUGGAGGAGAUGGGCCGAAAGGUGGUCUUUUGGAAGCAAUGACCAAUGUUCUUAGAAGAGGCAGUCUUCCAGCUCCUUCCACGUCGUUUCAGAACGAUUUUUCCUUUGGAAGUGGGAAACCACAACCAACAAUUAUGGAAAAAAUAAUCACACAAGCUGCUUCCGCAUUGAAUCAUUCGCUCAAGGAGAAGGAGGUCAAACCAAAAGAGGUGCAACUGACAAAGGACAGAGAAGAUUCAUUAAAGCUUUUGGACAAUUUACCGGAGGAAGAAAGAAAGCUAUUGAAAGCAGCAAUCACUUCGGGAGAAUUGGAUGCAGAAACGCUUGCUCCGGCAUUGAAAUCCCUUGUGAAAGACGACACAAAGGAAGAAUCCAAGAAAGAAAAAGAGAGUCGGUUGAUAGAAUGGAUCCGAGAGAACCGGCCCACUAAAAAGCAGAAAGAGAUUAAGGUAUCAGCAGAUAAACUGCCAUAUUACGGGAAAUACUGCGGAAGCUUUGCUGAGCAGCCAAACGCAAAGAAGAAGUUCAAGCCUUCUGGUGCUCUUUGGGUCAUUGAUGAGCAACGAUUCAUACCUAUAAAAGCCAAAGCACGUAAAAUGCUGCUGACAAGGAUGAACGUUAAUGGUGCUCCUAUCGAACCCAUCAGAGAAAAGGUGAAAAAGACGGACGAUGCUCUAAGAGUUAAGAGAAAUGCAUCUUCCGUGGAAGACUCAUCUUCAAACGGACAUCAGGAAAAGCCAAGGCUGAUAGUUAAG